AUGCUACAUUAAAACGAUCAUUUUACUGAAUUUAAUGGGUUUGGUGAAUAGCAACAUUAAAAAUUUAGAGAAAAAUGUUAAUAGUGUUUAGAUUAAUGCUAAAUGAAUCCUUAUAGAUCGAAUUAUUGCAAACUUACACUCAAUAAAUCUCUUGAAUAAAUUCACCAUAUUGAUAAUUUAAAAAGUAAAGGUGAAUAUUACGCAUAAUAGGUGAGUUUUCUAAUAAAAUGAUGAAACAUAUUACUUGUAAAAAAUGAACUAAAAAUAUAUUAUAUUUUGUCUAAACUUAAGAUAUUUUAAUUCAGACCCUAAAUAUAAAUAAAAGGCAGCUAUAUUCAAAAUUAUGUUGCAGCUAUGGAUGCAGUGUGUCAUAUUAAUAUCAAUAGAUAAGUGUAUAGUAUAGAUUUACACCUCAGGCAGAAACAGCAUAUUUACUAUAAGAAUUAAAACAAUAUUUCAUUCUAGUUUAUAUGGAUUAAUUAAAAUAAAAAAUAAGACUAAUGACGAUUUAUUAUACCUGGCUAUAGAUGUUUUGUAAGUGUUCGACUUUCUUAAAUGA